AGAGAGAGAGAGAGAGUGAGCGUGUGUUUUUACAUGUCCAGCCUUUCCAGGAGGAUGGCCGACGAUGUGUGCUUCUUCAUCACGUUGUGCUGAAAUCUCUGUUUCUUCCACUAUAAAGUUGAACUUAAGUUCUGGGAAAGACUCCCAAAAAAUCUCCUCUAAUAAUGAAAAUGGUGGCCUUGGUUUUUGUUAUGGUAUGUGGGGUUUAUAUUUUCUCAGUAUGCCUAAAGCAAAUAAGCACCCAAACAAAAGCUAAAUUUCUAACCAUCCGAGCUGUUGACCAGCCUUGCCCCAUUUCUGGUAUCCAAGGAGGGGAAAUCCCCUACGUGCAUUACCCAAAACCUACAACCUUUGGCAGGGAGGAAUGUGCCUGCAACCCUGUGCGGUUCUUUGCCAUUUUGUCAAUGCAGAGAUCUGGGAGUGGAUGGUUUGAAACACUACUAAACAGUCAUAUUAAUGUGAGCUCGAACGGUGAGAUCUUUUCGGUUAGAGAUAGGAGGAGUAAUGUUUCUGCACUUUUGAAGACGAUGGAUAAAGUAUAUAAUCUUGACUGGUUCACUAGUGCUUCCAAGAACGAAUGCUCGGCUGCAGUUGGAUUUAAGUGGAUGCUUAAUCAGGGUUUGAUGGAAUAUCAUGAAGAGGUAGUAGACUAUUUCAAAGCAAGGGGUGUUUCUGCAAUAUUUCUGUUUAGAAAAAAUCUGCUACGCAGAAUGAUAUCUGUGCUUGCAAAUGCCUAUGACAAGGAUGCUAAGCUGCUCAAUGGUACCCACAAAUCUCAUGUUCAUUCAUCGCUGGAGGCUGAGAUACUAGCAAAAUACAGACCUAUAAUCAACGCCACACUGCUUGUACCAAAUCUGAAGCAAGUGGAGGUAGAAACUGCCAAGGCUUUAGAAUACUUCAGGAGCAUUCGUCACGUUGUCAUCUACUAUGAAGAUCUUAUCAACAACCGCACAAAACUUGCAGAAGUUCAAGAGUUCCUAAGGUUGCCAUCUAGAGAUCUUACAAGCCGUCAAGUUAAGAUACACAGCGGCCCCUUGUCAAAGCAAGUUGGCAACUGGGAUGAUAUCUUGAAGGCAUUAAAUGGUACCUCAUAUGAGAGAUUCCUCCAUGCAGACUAUUAGCUGUAUUUUGUAGGUAUGAGUUCCAGAAUCAAUUUUUUGUCAUCAGAAGGAAACCCAUUUACAGUUUUGACUGUGGCAGUGAACUAAUACUGCCUUCUCCUGGCAGUGCACACUCAAAAGAGCAUUCGUUUUCUGCAUUUUAACCUUGUAUAUUUAUCACAAUCAUUCUAUGAUGAUAAUGGCUCCAUUAAUUUUUGCUUAGCACAUUGAAUAGU